AUGGCCAAGAAAUGUGAAGGGCUUGCAAUAGGAAUUGACCUAGGCACGACUUACUCAUGUGUUGGAGUGUGGCAAGAACAAAACGACCGUGUUGAAAUCAUACACAAUGAUCAAGGAAACAAAACUACACCUUCUUGUGUUGCUUUUACCAACACUCAAAGAUUGAUCGGUGACGCCGCCAAAAAUCAAGCUUCCUCUAACCCAACCAACACUGUCUUUGAUGCAAAGAGGUUGAUUGGAAGGAAAUAUAGUGAUUCUGUUAUUCAGAAUGACAUACAGUUGUGGCCAUUCAAGGUAGAAGCUGAUGCUAAUGAUAAACCUGUGAUUGUUGUUACGAGCAAGGGUGAAGAGAAGAAAUUUUUUGCUGAAGAAAUAUCAUCUAUGGUCCUCACUAAGAUGCGGGAGAUUGGAGAGGUGUUUUUGGAGUCAUCGGUUAAAAAUGCUGUUAUUACUGUACCUGCUUAUUUCAAUGAUUCACAGCGAAGAGCCACCAAAGAUGCUGGUGUCAUUGCUGGUCUCAAUGUAUUAAGGAUUAUCAAUGAACCUACUGCUGCUGCACUUGCAUAUGGCUUUCAAAAGAGAGCUAAUUGUGUUGAAGAGAGAAAGAUUUUCAUAUUUGAUCUUGGUGGUGGAACUUUUGAUGUGUCUCUUCUUACCUUGAAGAAUAAUGUCUUUAAAGUAAUGGCCACUGCCGGAGACACUCAUCUUGGAGGAGAAGACUUUGAUAAUCGAAUGGUGAAUCAUUUUGUGAAUGAGUUGAAGAGGAAAAACAAAGUUGACAUUAGUGGAUACUCAAAAGCCCUGAGAAAGCUGAGAACUGCUUGCGAGAGGGCAAAAAGGGGACUUUCUUACGACACAGAGGCCACAAUUGACAUAGAUGGUAUAUGCCAGGGUAUUGAUUUCUGUUCAUCAAUCACGCGAGCUAAGUUUGAGCAACUCAACAUGGACCUCUUUGAAAAUUGUAUGGAGACUGUUAAGAGAUGUUUUAAUGAUGCUAAGAUGGAUAAAAGUAGUAUUGAUGAUGUUGUACUUGUUGGCGGCUCUUCUAGAAUUCCCAAAGUGCAGAAUCUAUUGCAAAGCUUUUUCAUAGGUAAGGAUAUUUUUAAGAGCAUCAACCCUGAUGAGGCUGUUGCUUAUGGUGCUGCUGUCCAGGCUGCUUUGUUGAGUGGAGGCAUUAAGACUGUUCCGAAUUUGAUACUACAAGAUGUUAUACCUUUGUCUCUUGGUACUUCAAAAAGAGGAGAUAUCAUGAGUGUAAUGACUCCAAGGAACACUUCCAUUCCUUUCAAGAAGACAAAAAGAUUCUUUACUUGUAGUGAUAACCAAACCACUGUCAUGAAUAAAGUUUAUGAGGGUGAGAGAUUAAUAGCCAGUAAGAACAAUUUGUUGGGUUUUUUUAGGAUCUCCGUUCUUCCUGCACCUCGAGGCCUUCCUCACAAAGUAUGUUUUGCAAUAGAUGUUGAUGGUAUUUUGAAUGUCUCAUGUGAAGAUGAAACCUCUGGGAAUAAGAAAGAAAUUACAAUUACUAAUGAAAAUGGAAGACUAUCAACGGAUGAAAUUCAGAGAAUGAUUCAAGAAGCUGAGUAUUUCAAGGCUGAAGACAUGAAGUUCAAGAAGAAAGUUGAUACAAUAAAUGCUUUGGACGACUAUGUUUACAAUGUGAAAAAAACCAUGAAGGAUAAGAGUUAUAUGAUUCCCAUAAAAAGGAAAAAUGAGAUCACUUCUCUAAUAGCAAAAUGUGAACAUUUGCUUGAUGGUGACAAGAAGGAAGAAACCUAUGUGUUUGUGGGCAUGUUGAAGGAGCUUGAGAGCAUAUCUGAAUCCGCUUUUGGGCACAUUAAAAAAUGGGUAGGUUGAUAAAAGUAACUCAUUUGGAUUUUAAUUAGUUCUCCUAAUUGUUUGCUCAUUUGCUUUGUAUCUUUGUCUUUAAUUGGGGACCUGCUUUUA